AACCUCAACAACAUGUCAACGGCACUCUCAGGCCUUUCAGCAAGAAGCCUCGUACGCGACAUUCGAGAUUUGAUUAUUGGGUGAUAACAGAGCAUUGUUUUCCUCGUGAGAGAAUGAUUCUUAUCCGCCGCUCGAGAUUUACGCAUUCUCUGUCCAGCACAGUCUGCAAAGAGGGACAGAUUGAUCCUUCAUAAACUCGCCGUCCGCGAUGCCCGGGCCUUCUAGAAAGAGGUCCGGUAGUAAAGUCCGACCUGAUCUCGAUUUCACCCUCCGCAAGAUUUUCGGCAAAGAUAGCUUCAGACCAGUCCAACGUGAAGUCAUCGAAGCUGCCCUCGCCGGUCACGAUGUCUACCUUCAAGCAGCUACAAGUUUCGGCAAAAGUCUCUGCUUCCAACUCCCCGCCGUUGUGGAUUUUGGAAUCACAAUCGUCAUCUCGCCCUUAUUAGCACUGAUGAGCAAUCAAAUGGCCGGGCUCCGCGCAGCCAACAUCCGAGUCGAAACGCUCAACAGCAGCACGCCAAUGGAAAAAAAGGACCUCAUCAUGGAUGACCUCAAAAGUGGCCAUCCGAUGACCCGCUUGCUGUAUGUCACGCCGGAGUAUUGUCUCGGAGAACGAUUCCGGGACACGAUGAAGAUUGUCAAUGGGCAGCAGGAGCUGGCGAGGAUCGCAAUCGACGAAGCUCAUUGUAUCAGUGAAUGGGGCCACGACUUCCGUACCGCCUUCAAAGAACUUAAAUGGUUCAAGAAAGAAUUCCCCAACGUUCCCAUGAUCUGCUGCACCGCGACCGCCACCGCCCGGGUCCGCGAAGACAUAAUCACCACCCUGAAUCUCAACCACACGACCCUGAAAUCCUUCACCAUGACCACCGCGCGUCCUAACCUACACUACGAAGUCCGCUACACCUCCUACUCCGAAGACCGCUACACCAGCGAUUUCCUCCCCUGGCUCCGCGCAAUCCACACCCGUCGCCAGACCCACCCGGCGCGCUCCGCCGAACUCCUCGCGGCCUCCGAACGCCCCACCAACGUCUCCGGCAUAAUCUACACCCUGACCCGCGCCGAGACGGAACACCUCGCCGCACGCCUGACCGCUGACGGAAUCGGCGCCAAACCCUACCACGCGGGUCUCCACUCCGACCUCAAAGCCGCGCAUCUCGCAGGCUGGGUGGCGAACAAGCCGGGCCACGACAUCAUGGUCGCGACGACGGCGUUCGGGAUGGGCAUCGACAAAGCCAACGUGCGAUUCGUCGUGCAUUGGAGUCUUCCCAAGAGCUUCGAGGGGUAUUACCAGGAGGCCGGGCGGGCGGGGCGGGAUGGCAAAGCGAGCGUGUGUCGGUUGUAUUAUAGUCGCGAAGACCGCGACCGGGGCGUUGCGCUUUUCACGAGGGAGCAGCAGCGGAAUUCGCAUGCUGCGAAGAAUUCUUCUGGUGGUGGGAUGACGGCGUCGGGCCGGCAGAGCGUGGAGAUGAGGGGGCGGAGUUUACAGGCGCUGAUUGCCUAUUGCGAGAACGUCGGCGCGUGCAGGCAUAAGUUGAUUGCGAAGUAUUUCGGGGAAGAAGAAGGGGAUGGUAGUGGUACGGCGGUAAAGUGCGAAUGGGCGUGCGAUUGGCAUAAGGACCCGGGACUACUCAAACGAAGGAAGGAGCUUGGUCUGGCGGACGAGGAGUGGUGUGCGACGCAGCGCGAGACGGGGGCUUAUGGGGAGUACGACGAUUAUGACUAGACUUGCGCGAGAUGGACGACGAAGCAUUCAAGCUCUAAAUUAUAUGGCCUCGGAAUCUCUGGAUUCAAAGCGAAAGUGCGGGUUUCAUAAGCUUUUCAAAGCCUUUAGGAUUGGAUUGGCAUUCAUCGUCAGGAAGAAAUGUCAUCGCACAUGUGGCAACAUCCGAUUGAGCCAGUCGGCUAGCUCCUUCCUUGCCGAAGGAUCGGAGGCGGGCAAUGAAGAUGCAGGAAGGAGCACAUCAGUCCAAUCCUGCACCUCAUUGAUCUUAUAGCCCACCAGAAUCUCGCUCAAGUGAGAAGCCAAUGAGGAAGGGUCUGAAGGAGGAGAAGGGCGCUCGUCCGAAGUUUCAGAUGAGAGCUCCGAAGUAUCUGCAACUCCGGUGAUCUCACCAUAGCGCGCGGUGAUCUCGACGUUAUGGAGCGAUUCGCUCAGAGCACCCCUCGUGUUCAAGGUGAAUUGCGGAGUCUGGAGGAAUUUCCAUUCGGGAG